AUGUAACAGAUGGCGUUGGCCUCACAUUUCGUCGUGUUGCCAACCAUGUAGUAUAUGUUUAGGUUGGCAACACCCAAACGAAACGUAAUUUAAAUGUUCUUUCAAAUAGAGAAUAACAUUUUUUAAACAAAGAAAAUGCAGAAGGUCAACUUUCUCUUCAAAAUAAUGGAAAUUAUUCUGGGUCUAAUCUGCCUUGGAUAUCAUACCAGUGGUUUUCUCAAUGUGGAUUUUGUACAAACGCACUAUACCUAUUGUUGUAUAUUCGGUGGAUUUACAUUGAUGGCUAUGUAUGGUUGUUUGGCCAUUUGCCUACAGGAAUCCGAAAGUGUUCACCCAUGGUGGGAGGGUGGCAUUAAUCUACUUGCUGCUGUAUGUUUUAUAGCAGUUUCUGUGGACAGUAUGUUUCAUGCCGAGAAAGAUUUCUACCUGACAUAUUUAAUAUCACGCCAAGACGAGCACGACGAAAAAGAAGAACCCCAUCCAUUUUUUAAAUAUUCAAAAGCCCAAAGCAUUGCUGCUCUCUAUUGUGGCUGUUUGUUUUUGUUGCAUUCUAUCAUUGCAUUUGACUUUGCACUCCAUCAACAACGCCGUAAUGAAAAUGACGUCACCAUGGAUGAUGCAAAUUCCGACAACUCGGAGGAUAGCAAAAUUGAAUUGUAUGUCUGUGGAAAAGCUGUACACAAGCGUCUGGAAAAAUAUGAUUGGUUUAAGAAAUUAAAUUAA